AUGCUAAUCCUUGGUGUUGUCGCACCUACAGGUCGUCAGUACUAUAUCGCUGCUGCUUUCCCUAGCGCCUGUGGUAAAACCAACCUGGCCAUGCUACAACCUACCUUACCUGGAUAUAAAGUAACUUGCAUCGGCGAUGACAUUGCCUGGAUGAAAUUUGAUAAUCAAGGCCGUCUCCGCGCUAUCAAUCCGGAAGCAGGAUUUUUCGGAGUGGCACCAGGUACCUCGAAUGAAACAAAUCCGAAUGCUAUGUCGACAAUAAAGAAGAACACUAUUUUUACCAACACAGCGGAAACCAGCGAUGGUCAGUUCUACUGGGAGGGUCUGGAAAACGAAGUUGACUUGAACAGCGUGAAAAUAACAGACUGGAAAGGGCUGCACUGGGAGCCGGUAAGCCACAGACAGACGUAA